UCAGCAGGAGCUCCGCUUCCUGGAGAGAGCCAUGGCCGACCUGUGCCGUCUCUGCUCCGCUCCCCUCCGCGGUUCUCGCCGGAAGUGGCUUUUCGGCGGCUCUGGAACCCUUCCCGCCUUGUACUCUCACGUCUUCGGCUCUCCCGUGGGGCGAGCCCAGCCGGGGGCCUCCCCGAGAUCCGGCCGGGGCCCGUGGAGGCCGGAAGACUGCGAGUUCCUCUGCGGCAAGUGCUGCCACUCUCUCAACGUCUACCUCCGCUAUGACCUGGUGAUGUCUCGCAUGCGCGAGCUGCACGACCAGCGCUCCGCUCGCCUCCUCUCCGAGAAGGAAAAGCUCUCCUUCACCCUGCGCAGGAUCCACGCCAAGGCCUGGAACCUCCCGCUUCCGGAUUACCAGGAGUGCCGGACGCCCAGGUACGGUUCCUACCACGAUCUGCGUACGGCGGGGCCACGCGGGUCUCCUGGCUACCAGAACUCCAGCCCCAGCUCCCCUUUUCCGGGCCGUCACGGCUCUUUCCAUGGCUCCUUCGGGUCGCUCUCCUCCGGGACGCCCUCCAAAUCCUACCAGCAGCUUCUGGAUCAGGACCGGUCGCAGUGGGAGCACGAGAGCUGGUGGGAAGAGCGGGCCGAGCGCUGUCCGCGAUGCGCCAAGGGGGAUAAGUGCGUCUCCUGCUCGUCCUGGAGAGUUCCCGAUGCCAAUUACGAGACCGUCUGCACCGUGCCUCGGCAGAAGAGACGGAGCCGGGGGGACGGAGGGGAGUGCGGCAGCGAGCGCCUGCUCCGGAGCAGAUCUCUGGGGAGUUUUGUUGGCGGCAGCAGUCGGGGGUCCCUCCUGUCCUUCUCCACGUCUUCUCUGGAAGCUCUGUCCACCGCAGGAGAAGAAGACGAAGAAGCCGGGGUGUUCUGGGAGUCCUCCUCGCCCGUCGCGUCUCCUCCGCCCGCUGCCGCUUCCUUGGCCGGGGAGGCGCUGAAGAUCUUGAAGGAGAUAAAGUCCUGCCCUGUGACGAGUCCGGCCCUCAGCAAGAUCCCCGUGCGGAGAAGAGGGCCGCGGCCGGCGGGGGCAGGAGACGGAAGAAGAGAGGAGGCAGCGCAGAGGCCACUGGAAGCUCCUCUGGAGGUGGAAGACGAUUGGGACACGUACCUGGGCAUCGGGUCUGAGGUCCUCCAGACACAAGUCGCUCGCUCCCUCUGGAUCAAGGACGCGUUCAAUCUGCUACAAACUCAACUCCAGACCGCCCAAGGAAACAAUGACGCCGGUGUAGGAAAGGAGCAGCUCGAGGAGCGGCCGGAUCUGGUGAGGGUUCUGACCAAAAGCUUGACUUCCAAGGAGGAGGCCUUAGAGAAUUGCCUGACUUUGCUGCUCUCCCUGCCGGUGACCUCUGACCCCUCUGGCCGGUCCGUGAUGACCUUUGUUGAGAAGAUACGGGACCAAGAACAGGAGUUGAAGAGAGCGUGGAGAGAGCUGGAAGAGAGCGAUCAGCGAAGAGCGGCCGAGGCGAAGCGUCUGCAGCUGGAACUGGACCGGAGCCGAGAAGAUCUGGAGCGACUGAGCCGAGUCCUGCGCGAAAACCAGGACACCAUCGCGGCUCUGCGCGACCUCCUGGGGGAGAAGGACUUCACGAUCCGGCAGCUGGAAGUUGCGCUGGACUCGGCCGUGCGGACCGCGGCUUCUCAGGAUGCUCUGCGUCUCUCUGCGCUGCGGGAGAAGGACGCGCUGAUCGCCGCCAUGCAGGGGGUGCUGAGCAGCAGCAACCAGGAUGUAGAGGCCCUCGCAGACUCGCUCCUCUCCCAGGGCUUGGACGAUCUGAGCGGAUCCAUCCCCGGAGUCUCAUCGCCCGGACCCCUCAUCACCCAGCUGCAGGAGAAGAGUCGCCUCCUGUCCCAGGCCCAGGCAAACAAUCAGAGACAGAGCGUCCAGCAUCAGGAGGACAUCCGCGAUCUGCUGAAUGCCCUCAACGAGAGCCAGACCCUGCUGCAGGCACAGCUCCAGCAUUGCAAGCAGCGUCUCCAGGCCGGGGAAGGGGAGCAGAAGAAGCUGCGCGACGCUCUGCGGGAUCGGGAGGCUGAGCUGAGAGCCGAGAAGCAGAAACACGCUAGCGACAUGCAUGAAGCUCACACGGAACUGCUCCAACUGCAUGGAAUCGCCAGGGAAAGAGACCAGGCCACGCAGAAGCUGCUCCAAGAAGCUCGAAGCCGAGAUGAAACCCUCAUCAAACUGCAGGAGCGGCUGAGGGAAGACGGAGGAAUGAGAGACACGCUGUGAUGGUGCGGCUGAGCGAAGGCGGAGGAAUGAGAGACACGCUGUGAGGGAGCAGCUGAGCGAAGGCGGGGGAAUGAGACGCUGUGAGGGAGUGG